AUUAACAUUUUCCUUCUUUAUCGUAACAAAUAAAUAAAUAAUUUUCCUUCUCCCCAUUUGAAACAAACGUGCUAACAUGUUAACGAGACUACAACAAAAUUAUCCGUUGAAUCAUCAUCCAUCUAUUUCUACUACUACGAGUGCUUAACUUCGAGCUGUUGCAGAUUCGAUUCAUUCCGAUGGAUGCUAUCAGAAAACAAGCUUCGAAGCUUCGAGAACAAGUUGCUCGUCAACAACAGGCUGUUUUGAAACAGUUUGGUGGCGGUGGUUAUGGAGGUUCAGAUAACAUGGUUACCGAUGAGAGAGAGCUUCACCUACAUCAGAGACUUGAGAAACUUUAUAUAUCAACACGUGCAGGGAAGCAUUAUCAAAGGGAUCUUGUUCGUGGAGUAGAAGGUUAUAUUGUUACUGGAUCCAAGCAAGUUGAAAUAGGAACAAAGUUGUCAGAAGAUAGUAGGAAAUAUGGUGCGGAAAAUACGUGUACCAGUGGGGGUACAUUGUGCAGGGCUGCAAUAAGUUAUGCACGAGCCCGUGCCCAAAUGGAGAAGGAGCGUGGAAACUUACUAAAAGCUCUUGGUACACAGGUUGCAGAACCCUUAAGGGCAAUGGUGAUGGGAGCUCCAUUGGAGGAUGCUCGGCAUCUUGCUCAACGUUAUGAUAGAAUGCGACAGGAUGCUGAAGCCCAGGCUAUUGAAGUUUCUAAACGCCAAGCAAAAGUAAGAGAAAUGCCAGGCAAUUCUGAGAAUGCUAUGAAAUUAGAAGCAGCCGAAGCAAAGCUACAAGACCUGAAGACAAACAUGACUAUAUUGGGAAAGGAAGCAGCUGCAGCAUUGGCUGCUGUUGAAGCACAGCAGCAGAGGUUAACCCUUCAACGCCUUAUAGCUAUGGUUGAAGCAGAGCGUGCUUAUCACCAAGUAGUCCUACAAACUCUUGAUCAACUUGAGGGGGAGAUGAUAUCCGAAAGACAACGAAUUGAAGCCCCUCCUACUCCUAGUGUGGAUAAUAACAUGCCACCACCCCCACCAUAUGAAGAAGUGAAUGAUGUUUAUGCUUCUCAGACACAUAAUGGAUCAACGGAUAGCAUGGGUUACUUCUUAGGAGAGGUUUUAUUCCCAUACUCUGCUGUGUCCGAAGUGGAGCUGAGUCUAUCUGUCGGUGAUUAUAUCGUCAUUCGAAAGGUGACAAACAACGGAUGGGCUGAGGGUGAAUGCAAAGGUAGAGCAGGCUGGUUUCCCUUUAGUUACAUUGAAAGAAGGGAGCGUGUUCUUGCAAGCAAAGUAUCUGAAGUGUUUUAAAUCUUUUUCCUGCUGGGUUGGUUUCUUAACCGAGGGAUUUUGUAUGUGUGCAUGUUUUGGCUAUGUAAAUCAAAAUUGAUUUGUGAUAUAGAUGCCAAUUUUUCUCUUGUGAUUAUUAUUUUUAUAUAUGAAUGUUUUGCUAUCUGUUAUUUUA